AUUUUCAGUUUUAAACAUAAAAAAAUGGCGGUUCUACAUAUUUCAGAUAUGGAAGAUGAAAUUCAGAAAAUCUGCGAGGCUAGUCUAACUGCAAGACAAAUGUCUUAUUCACCUUACAGUAAGUUCAAGGUCGGUGCUGCCAUCUUAUGUUCCGAUGGAAUUGUUGUUACAGGAUGUAACAUAGAGAAUGCUUCUUAUGGGCUAUCUAUUUGUGCAGAAAGAACUGCCCUGGUAAAGGCUGUGUCAGAGGGUCGGAAAGAAUUCAAGGGAAUAGCAAUAGCAGCGGAUAUACAGAAUGAAUUCGUUGGUCCCUGUGGAGCCUGUAGGCAGUUUAUGGCUGAAUUUAACCCUACUCUUCCAAUAUUUUUAGUACGAGUAGAUCGGAAAGUAAAGGUGACUGAUCUUGGAGUUCUAUUACCAGAAUCCUUUACCCCUAAGAACACUAAAUUCGACUUUUAUAAUGGCGAGUAGGCGCAGGAGGGGAAAUGAGCAAAUUACAUGGGAUUGAUAUUGUGCUUGUAAAAAGUUAAUUUACUUGUAUGUAAAUAUAAAUAUAGAUCGAUCUAA